UAGGGGGAGGGGCAAGGGGGCGGGGCCAAGUCUGGGCAGGCGACGGCGACGGCGUCGGAACUCGCUGGAAGAUCGGCCCCGGGCAGCUCAACAGUUCGCAAAGUCCCGGCUCGAGGCCGCGCGGCUCCGUCUGCGCCCGGGCGGCGCAAGAGCGCGGGGGGUCCCUGGGCUGCUGCAUCCCCGGACAUGCCCCGCAGCACCUGCCGGACGCCCGCGCGGCUUCACCGGCUGCGGUUCGGGGGGCUCUGGGACUAGAGCGCCCCCACCCCAACUUAUGACUUUGGGGUCCCCCAGCCCGAGAGGAACGGGCGGCCCGGCUGGGGGAGCCCCGGACAUGGUGUGACGGGGCGGUCAGCUCUGCUGCGCCCCCCACUCCGGACACCCGUCGUCUCUGUGCCCUCCAGAAUGUAGCUGCUCUCCGCGUCCCCCCGGACUCCAGCCGCAGCCUCCGCGACCUCGGGGCUCCAGCCGCCAACUCGUUGUCCCCCGGGACCCUGUCGCCGUCUCCGCUUUGCCGGCACUUCGGCCGCCGUGUCCGUGUCCUCCCCACUCCAGCCGCCGUCUCUGCGCCCCUCGGACUCCAGGAACGCGACCCCUGUGUCUUCGCGCGCCCGGGACUCCAGCGGCGAUCUUCGCGAUCCCCCCGGGAUUCUGCCACUGUUUCCGCGCCCCUCAAACCCAGACUCCGGCGCCGUCUCCGCGUCUCCCGGGAUCCAGCCCCUUUCUCCGCGCCCACCCGCUCGCCCCGAAGCCAGACUCCAGCCGCGGUCUCCGCCGCCCCCCCCCCCCCCGAGGCUGUCGCGCCAGUGCCGGCGAGUGCAGCGGCUGCCCCACCGCGCGCCCCGCGUCCGCCCGGGCCUCGGCGGGGAGAUGAACGCGCAGCUGGACGGCUUGUCGGUGAGCUCGUCCUCCACCGGCUCGCUGGGCUCGGCGGCCGGGGCGGGCGGCGGCGGGGGCGCGGGGCUGCGGCUGCUGUCUGCCAACGUGCGCCAGCUGCACCAGGCGCUGACGGCGCUGCUGAGCGAGGCGGAACGGGAGCAGUUCACGCACUGCCUGAACGCGUACCACGCGCGCCGCAACGUCUUCGACCUGGUGCGCACCCUGCGCGUGCUGCUGGACAGCCCGGUCAAGCGGCGCCUGCUGCCCAUGCUGCGUCUGGUCAUCCCGCGCUCCGACCAGCUGCUCUUCGACCAGUACACGGCCGAGGGCCUCUACCUGCCCGCCACCACCCCCUACCGGCAGCCUGCCUGGGGCGGCCCCGACGGCGCGGGGCCGGGGGAGGUGCGCCUGGUGAGCCUGAGGCGCGCCAAGGCCCACGAGGGCUUGGGCUUCAGCAUCCGCGGGGGCUCGGAGCAUGGCGUGGGCAUCUAUGUGUCGCUGGUGGAGCCAGGCUCUCUGGCCGAGAAGGAAGGGCUGCGAGUCGGGGACCAGAUUCUGCGUGUCAACGACAAAUCCCUUGCCCGGGUGACCCACGCUGAGGCCGUCAAGGCUCUGAAGGGCUCCAAGAAGCUGGUGCUGUCUGUGUACUCAGCGGGGCGCAUCCCCGGGGGCUAUGUCACCAACCACAUCUACACCUGGGUGGACCCCCAGGGCCGCAGCAUCUCCCCGCCCUCAGGCCUGCCCCAGACCCACGGCAGCACCCUGAGGCAGUGCGAGGGUGACUCGAGGAGCACCCUGAACCUCCUGCAAGGCGAGGAUGAGAAAAAGGUGAACCUGGUGCUGGGGGACGGCCGGUCCCUGGGCCUCACCAUCCGAGGGGGAGCCGAGUACGGCCUGGGCAUUUAUGUCACCGGCGUGGACCCGGGCUCAGAAGCAGAAAGCAGCGGACUCAAGGUUGGGGACCAGAUUCUGGAGGUCAACGGGCGGAGCUUUCUCAACGUCCUGCAUGACGAGGCGGUCAGGCUGCUCAAGUCAUCCCAGCACCUGAUCCUGACGGUGAAGGACGUCGGGAGGCUGCCCCAUGCCCGCACCACUGUGGAUGAGACCAAGUGGAUUGCCAGUUCCCGGAUUGGGGACACCACCACGAACUCAGCAGGGUUUCCUGGGGAUCUUACAACGGAAGGGACAAACAAGCUGGGAUUUUACAAGGGCCCGGCUGGCUCCCAGGUGACCCUGAGCAGCCUGGGCAACCAGACGCGCCUGCUGCUGGAGGAGCAGGCGCGGCACCUGCUGAAUGAGCAGGAACGAGCCACCAUGGCCUACUACCUGGAGGAGUACCAUGGCGGCGGUGUCUCCGUGGAAGCCCUGGUCAUGGCCCUGUUCGAGCUGCUCAACACGCACGCCAAGUUCUCGCUCCUGUCCGAGGUGAGAGGCACCAUCUCCCCCCAAGACCUGGACCACUUCGACCACCUGGUGCUGAGGCGGGAGAUCGAGUCCAUGAAGGCACGGCAGCCCCCGGGCCCUGGGGCCGGGGACACCUACUCCACGGUCUCCUACAGCGACACGGGCUCAUCCACAGGCAGCCACGGCACCUCCACCACUGUCAGCUCGGCCAGGAACACUCUGGACCUGGAGGAAACUGGUGAGGCUGUCCAGGGCAAUAUGAACACCCUCCCAGAUGUUUCCCUGGAUGAUGUCAAAGCCACCUCCGAGGGGCUGCCUGUCUACAAGCCGCCGCCUCCCCCACCCCCUCUGGCCCAAGGCCACAGCCGCCCGCCUGAGCAGCAGAGGAAGCCAGGGAAGGAGGGCCUCCAGCCACCUUCCUCGGCAUCUUCCCACUCAGGCAUCGUCUUCUCGGCCCCUCGGAACCACAGCCCGCCAGCGGGCACUGCCCCUGCCCCGGGGGCCUCCUCAGCACAAGACUCGCCCUCCUCCCCCAUCUAUGCCUCGGUCUCCCCUGCCAACCCUGGCUCCAAGAGGCCGCUGGACGCCCGCCUGGCCCUGGUCAACCAGCACCCCAUCGGCCCCUUCCCGCGAGUCCAGUCACCGCCGCACCUGACGAGCCCCCCCGCGGAGGCCACGCUGGCAGGGUGCUGUCUCCCGCCACCCUCCCCCUCCGGCCGGCCAGACGUGACGGGCACGAACCAGCACUUUGUCAUGGUGGAGGUGCACCGGCCGGACAGCGAGCCGGAUGUGAACGAAGUGAGGGCGCUGCCCCAGACGCGCACAGCCUCCACACUGUCCCAGCUCUCGGACAGUGGGCAGACCCUGAGCGAGGACAGUGGCGUGGAUGCUGGUGAGGCAGAGGCCAGCGCCCCGGGCCGAGGCAGACAGAUGGCAUCUACCAAGAGCAGGAGUAGCAAGGAGCCGCCUCGGAACGAGAGGACCACAGAGGGGGCCACCAAACCGCCCGGACUCCUGGAGCCCACGUCUACCCUGAUCCGCGUGAAGAAAAGCGCAGCCACCCUGGGCAUCGCCAUCGAGGGCGGUGCCAACACCCGCCAGCCCCUGCCUAGGAUCGUCACAAUUCAGCGAGGCGGUUCAGCCCACAACUGUGGGCAGCUCAAGGUGGGCCAUGUGAUCCUGGAGGUGAACGGGCUGACGCUUCGGGGCAAGGAACAUCGAGAGGCUGCGCGCAUCAUCGCCGAGGCCUUCAAGACCAAGGAGCGGGACUACAUCGACUUUCUGGUCACCGAGUUCAAUGUGAUGCUCUAGGGGCUGAGGCCCGACGGCCUCCCACUGCUGCCCAGUCCCUGGCCCCAGUCCCUCCUCCCUCCUGGCACUAGUAAGCUCCUUGAGGGCCGGGGCUGUGUGGCCAGGUAGCAGGAAGACACCCCCCCACUCUUUCCCGGCCCGCUGGCCCAGAACCAGAAGAAAGCCCGGUGAGGCAAACAGAAGGUCGGGCCAGGAUCUGGUGCCAUGCCCGGUAUACACAGUAGAUGCCCGGCAUGAGCGUGGGUUCGGGAAGGAGAGGAAGUCCACCUGAGGCUGCCAGGACCUGUUACUCUGGGUUGGAUAAGGGGCACUGUGCCCCCUUCCCCGCCAGCUAGCACCUGGCCCAUCCUCAGAUGUCCGAGCCUUUAUCUGGAGUGAGGCCACGUGAGGAUUCACAGACACAGCCCCCAGCCAGGGGGGCAUCUCACAGGACCUUUAGUGCCACAAAUAAGCGUCAAGCAACCCCCCCAUUCCACACCCCCUUUCUUCCUGGCCCCUUAUCCACCCCCAUGGUAUUUAUUAUUUAUUUCCCCUCUCCUCACCCCUGGGGGCCUCAAGCCCCCAGCUUCCCACCGCACCCCCAGCCUACCCCAGAGGCCUUGCAGGUGACCAGCAAUGUGAGCGUAUUUAUAUACAGAGCUUAUGACUUUAAUUUUUCAAUAAAGAAAUCUGAACAAGGUUAGGGUCCAGCGUGCUGUGUGGCCUGCCUUUGUGGCUGGG